CCGAGUCACCGUCGUCACUGCCAGCUCAGCCUUAAGGACCACAUUCCUCCUCUGCAAAUUACUGUUACUGGCAUCUGGAACCAUGUGGAGCUCCAUUCUCUGCCUGUCAUUUGUCACCGCAGUGUCUGCUGCACCAAUGCCACCAUUCCUCAAUUACUUGCCACACUACGGAAACCCAAUUCCAUCAGGACCCUCUACUCAGGGGAAUAAUGAUUUCUUCCCUCCGGUGCCAACUCACCUUCAACCUAAUAUCAACAGCCCCAUCAGCAUGGAGAUUGUGUUUCCUCCAAGAUACCCAGGCUCUCCAGUAGGCGCAGGGUCCGGACCUGUUUUUCCAAGCCAGGCUUUCAUUAAGUACUCUCUCCCUAAGGCUCCAGGUAGAAAAAGUGUGGAAAUUUAUUACCCUUAUGACUUCAGCAGAGGCCAGAUCCUGCCCAUUGACUAUGCACCACAGACUGUUCCUCAACAGCAACAGCCUAGAGCUACUCCUCCUCAGUUUAGUGAUGUUCAACAACAACCUCAGCAAGAUCAGCAAAUGCAAGCAGGCCAGCCAUAAAGACUGAAGAAGCCUUCUUGCCAUAAAGAUCUGGAGAAUGAGAUGUUAAGAUCCAAGCACAGCCUUAUAGAAGAGUGCUGUUCAGAUAACUUUAGCUCUGUAGCAUAGCCCAUUUAUUUCUGUGCCUUCUGGGUAGGUCUCAGUGACUGCACUGUUCUACUUAAAUUCACAAGUGAAAA